CCCUUGUGAUUCUUCUUGUAAAAAUUUCACUUUCAUCUGCAGAGGAUUCACAAGAAACCUUUUGUGUAUAUGAAAGACUCAAACUUUCUCUAAAACCCAUUUCCAUCAAUGAAUUUCUUAACAAAAUCAAUAGCAAAAAAGGCCUUAUUCUCCUCUUCAUCUCCCCAAAAAUGCCAACUUUUACUCCAAACCCUCAGUUCAAGAUUUGCCUCUUCAGCCAUUUCUAAGCCAAGAAAACCCAAAAUCCCUAAACCCCAAGAACCCUCUUCAGCUUAUGUGCUAACCCAUCCAAGAAUUGAGAUUUAUGAUGAAGCAAAAGAUGUGUCUUCUUGGCCAAAGCCAAGUGAGAUACCUUACCAAGCAAAAGUUGCUAAUUCUGUUAAUCUUGUUGGUUUUGUGCAAACCCCAGUUCAUUUUGAAACUUCCUCUGAUGGGAAAUAUUGUGCUAGUACUGUUGUUGCUCAUGAGAAUAGUGAUGAUAACUCUGUUUUGAUGAUUCCUGUUGUGUUUGCUGGUGAUUUAGCUCAUGUUGUUGCUUGUCAUGUUAAGGAAAAUGAUUGUGUUUAUGUGUAUGGGAAGUUCUCUAUGGAACCAUUGUCUUGUGAAUUCAUGGAUAAAUAUCAGUCUUGUUUUCAUAUUGUUGCUGAAAAUGUUAACUUUGUGCAGGGUCUGAAACGAAAUGUUUCCCUAAAGGGAAAUGUAAAAUCAGUUUAUCCGAAAGGUAAGAACUUUGUGUUGGAUGACAAUGAUAACCAGCAUUCUGAUUAUUUGGUCAAACAGAAAGAUAGUUUGUCUGGUUUAGAAUAUGAUGAUUCUGUUAAAUUGGGUGGGAGCAAGUCGGAGGAAGGUGUUACGGGAGGUGAUGAUUGGAGGGACCUUAUUAAGAAUUCGGAACAAUGGUGGGAUUGUCGAAAGGCGAAGUUAGAUGGAAUUGUGAAAGCAAGGCACCCUGAUUUCAAGAAAAAGGAUAGUAGUACUUCUCUAUGGAUUGAGAAUGCUCCAAGGUGGGUGCUUGAGGGACUUAAAGGACUUGAAUUCGAUGCUUAUGCUCCUAAAUCUAAAGGCGUUGGGAAGGACGUUGAUUCCUGGAAAGAUUUGCUGGAGAAUCCUGAUAAAUGGUGGGACAACAGAGUUAGUAAGUUGAAUCAGAAAGCACCUGAUUUUAAGCACAAGAAUACCGGUAUAGGGCUUUGGGUCGGUAGCUCACCAGAUUGGGCGUUGUCUCGGUUGCCACCAUUGAGAGAUCAACGAGCUGCUUCUUCAGACAAGUAGGGACAUGCAAGUAGGACUUGAAGGGAGGUUAAGCAAUACACGAUGAACCAGAGCUAUCCUCCACUCCAUUUUAGGAAGAGUUUCCAUAUAAUUUUGAUGCUAUUGCAGUAAACUUUGUCCAGUCUAGUCAAGUCGUGGCCACCUAUAGUUUGAGAAGUAUUUCGGUGGAGGGAAGCACAUUGUCAUUAUGCUUAUAAAGCACUUAUUCCCCCCCAUAGUGGUACAUCUUAUAGCACUUUCUUAUGAUGGUCUUGUUUCUUGAUGCAUCUUUUCAAUGUGAUUUUGGUGAAUAUGAAGUUCUUGAUUGUAGUAUUUUGAAAAUAGCAGUAGUGUGUGCUCAUUCCUCGUA